AAGAAUGUGAAAUCAGCUCAUAAGAUUAGAAGAGGAAAAAGAGGGCUUGUAGAGAGAGGGCCAGCCCAUGCCCAUGCCCAUGUUACCACAUUCCAUAGCCCAUUGAAACUAUACAUCGAACAUGUAAAGGACAAAUGAGCUGACCCCAUCAACCAUGAGGAUAAUAUAUUACUAUUAGUGUGAAGCAUCUGACUCUUGCUGGUGGACUUCUCAGUCAUGGCUUCUUUGCUUCAUCUCGUUAAGCCUCACUGAAGAAUAAGGCUGGUUGGCUUGUCUGUUGGCUUCUAAGCGAUUCACUCUUGCAUUCCGAUCCCUGAUCGCCGUUGCUUUUGCUGUAAGUAAGUUUUUGGACUAUUUCUUGGGCAAAAGAAACCUAAGGACCGAAGGCAAUGGCGGAGGAGGAGAGAAAUUUAAUCGAGAUAUUGGAGGAGAAUAUCCCCAUAGAUAUGAGCAAGUACAUCAAUUAUGUUCAGUCACCACAUUGUGGUGCUAUAGCAACUUUUGCUGGCACUACUCGUGACACCUUUGAGGGCAAGAUGGUCUUAGAACUGAGAUAUGAAGCAUAUGUUCCGAUGGCAAUACGCUGUAUCAAGUCGAUUUGUUCAUCUGCCAGGUCAUCUUGGAACCUUAGCUCAAUUGCAGUAGCCCACCGUCUAGGCCCCGUUCCUGUUGGUGAAACAAGUGUUUUCAUAGCAACCUCAGCAGUUCAUCGAGCAGAUGGCUUGGAUGCUUGUAAGUUUAUGAUUGACGAGGUUAAGGCAUCGGUUCCAAUAUGGAAGAAGGAAGUUUACACCAAUGGAGAGGUUUGGAAAGAGAACUCGGAGUUUCUGGAGAGACGGGACGAGCUUUGUAAGCCUGUUGGAGAUCAAGGCACAUGGGGGGAAAAGGUUAUGGUAGAGGCAAGACGAGAAAAAAGAGGUUGUUGCGCAGGAAAGGUAAAGGUGAACCUAGCAGAUUCUUGAUUGCUAAUCAUCAAUCUGCGUGGGAGAAAAGGUGGUGUACCAAACAAAAUCUCUGACAAGUAUGUAUUCAUUUGCCUUGUAAUGGAAAAAGAUGCAAGUUCUGUGUACAAGUAUUCAUUUGCCUCUCACAUUAAAUAAAA